CAUUUGUUAACAUAUUAUUCACUGUUUGUUUAUUAAAGUCGGUUUUAUUGUUGGUUCACCAAAAGCUUCCCUAAUUACAACGGUUAUGAAGUACUGGGAGAAAGUUUAGCGUGUAGGGGUUGACCUUGUGAACUUAUUAAACAGAUCUCGUGAAACAUUUUAAUUGAAGUCUAUUAAUAAUUUUACUGGCAAUGCUGGGAGCAACAUAAACACAUUCCCACACAGUUAAACGGUCUUUUCAGUAAUUAGCGUGAUGUACUCGAUAUGGGGGCAUGUCUAACGCUUGAACGUGAAGAGGGUAAAGCUAGAAAGCGCAGCGAAGAGAUUGACCGACAACUGGGAGAGUUUGCUAAACUGCAGAGUAAUGUUAUCAAGAUAUUACUUCUUGGUGCUGGUGAAAGUGGGAAAAGUACCUUAGUGAAACAGAUGAAAAUUAUCCACGCGGAUGGAUUCACUCAUGCUGAAUUGAGCAGCUAUAGGCCCACGGUCCUGGACAAUCUAUUGGCUUCUAUGAAGUACGUCCUGGCUGGUAUGGGCAUUUUAAGGAUAAAUUUAGAACAUUCUAGGAAUAAGAUCCACGCUCAAACCGUAUUGUUGGCUAAAAGCUGUUUCGAUAUGAGUUUUAUGGUGCUUCCGAAUGUGGCAGCUUCUUUGCAAGCUUUAUGGUCUGAUAGGGGUGUUAGGUUAGCCGUAGCCAGAGGCUACGAAUACGAAUUAAACGACUCUGCGCUUUAUUUAUUUGAAAAUAUGGAACGAAUCUGUGAUCCGAAAUAUGUGCCGAACCCGACUGAUGUACUCAGAGCGAGAGUACGUACUCAAGGCAUCAUAGAAACUCAGUUUCGAAUAGACGAUAUGAUCGUCAGCAUGUACGACGUUGGCGGGCAGAGAUCUCAGAGAAGGAAGUGGAUAUACUGUUUCGACGAUGUUAGAGCCGUACUGUUCGUUAUUUCACUUAGUGGAUACGAUAUGACUUUACUGGAAGACCCCAGUGUCAAUAGACUUGAAGAAAGUUUAAACUUGUUUGGGCAGAUAGUGAAUAAUCCGUUUUUCAGAGAAGCCUCGUUUGUGUUGUUUCUCAAUAAGUUCGAUCUGUUCCGAGAAAAGAUUCUGUAUUCCCAGAGACACCUGAGGCUUUAUUUUCCAGAUUACAAAGGCCCCGAUCGGGACGUGGACCGAGGGGCCCUCUUCAUCCAGCACAAGUUCAUUCUGAGGAACGGCGACUCGAGGAAAGUAUUGUACCCGCAUUUCACCACUGCCACCGACACGGCCAACGUGCAAGUCGUCUUCCAGGCCGUCAUGGAGAUGGUGAUUUCAGCGAAUCUCGGACAGGUUACGUUGUUGUAGCUUUAGCGAAAUAGACUUAAAUCAAUUUAGCCGUAAUGCUUGAGAUGCUGCCUUUAGGUGUACAGGAUUUGUAUAUAUGAGCGCUUAAAUGAUAAAAUGUUACGAAGAAAGUAAGUUCGUUGGGUGUCGUUUGCUGCUGUUUCUGGUUGUACCGGUAAACUAUUUCGAUUAAAUUUGUUGGGUUUCGCAAAUUUAAAUUUUUUGCCGAUGUCGUGUUCGUUUAAAUUUGACUUUGGUUGGUUUCUGGCUCUUUGAUACAAGAUAAGGGGCGUGAAUUAUUGUAUUUUCAGUCGAAUUAAAAGAAAUUUACAAUUUUUUCGACUUUUUAUUGUUACAUUUUGUUACUAUCUACUAUUUGUGGAUUGAUAUGUAGUUCACCUAAACAGAUCAUUGACUUUGAAAUUCACAAACUAAACACAGUGCUUUAAGAAAAUAGUAACAAAACACCUUUUAUUAAAAAUUGGGGAAAGUUGGUCCUCACUUAAAGUUAUGCCCUCUAUCUGCAUUUUGCCGAGAAUUUUUAGAUAUUUAUCACGUUACUCAGCAAUUAUCUUAAAAAACAAUCUUUAUUUGUAGCAGUUUAUUUCUUUAGAUUUAGCUUUUUCGUUACAUUUUUAUUUUUUUCGUAUUACUUUUUAUUUUAGGUUUAGGAUAUUGCUUGUUCAGCUUUUUUGUUUAAGUAGUUAAGGCUCUAGAUCUCAGACGUGUUCAUUUAGAAAAGAAAUUACUUAGAAAAUUUGAGUUUAAGGAAUCGACACAUAUCGAAAUUGGAUAAUACUCGAAUAACUUCCAUCGUAAUACUAACGAACGUAUCGCUUUAAACAUGUAUUGCCUGUGAUACAACGGCCUUAUUAAUCCUGCAAGUAUUCGAUCGCUUCCAGAAGUUCUCUGUCGUCGAUAAUGCGACGGAAUCAUCACUCAUCUAGAAGAUCGAAAAUCGUCUCGGUAAUUUUUUCUGUUGCGGUAAUUAAUAAAUUUGUAAGGAAUUUUUAGUCCGUAAAGCCUACAGAAUUUUAAGUGACUGAAAAGGGAACAUCGCCAUCUGUUGUGAGCCAUGUGAACUAUGUAGUUCCAGUGGGAGAGGUUAGAUGGCGCAUUUGAACUAAUAAUGGGCAACUUGCUUAUAUAUUUUUUAAACCUCUAGAAAUAAUCGAUAACCUCAUAUUAAUCAUGUAGACAUCUCAUGGAAGUUGUCAGUGAUUAAUAGAAGAGCAAAAACAAUGUUUCGAACGGGUGUUUGUUGCCGCGCUAAUUCGUGACGUCAUUUAGUGCGAUGGAGGAUCUUGAAGAAUGACAGGGACAGACGGACGAGACAUCAGUUGUGUUCUUUAAUUCGUUGUGUUAAUUUUGAUCAUAUAUAAUUAAUUUGUCACAUUAAAUCAAUUAUGGACUAAAUUUUCAUGCAACUUGCCCGUUCAGGGACUACGUAAUUUGGCGAAUGAUUUUUUUUUUUUUGGUAAACCGCGUAGGUUUUUGCAAAAGCAAUGUUACGAUGACGAAAUAUAAUUUGUUUUCAUUAAAGUCGUUGUGAAUUUACGAAUACGUCGGUAUUUCAUUUAAUUAUAGCUCGUAAACGAUUGAGACAAGUAUUUUAUAAAUAUGGAAUAGAACGUUGAACGGAACAUUAGAGAUUAGUUUUUAAUAAUCGGUUAAGCGUUGAAGCUCAUAAGAUGAGAGGCGGUUGGGCGGCAGCCUGAUAAGAAAUGUGAUUUUAUUUUGUAAUUUGUGCUUAUAUAGUUUUAGUUUUAGUUUUUAGUUGUGCGUUGCAUAGUACUUGUAAUGCGUUUGAGUAUUGAAACGCGCUUCCAGAUUUUUAAAGUAUAUAUACAGGAUGUCCCGAUUUAUAGGUGUACGCAUCAUUAGUGCAAUAAAAAAGAAGAAGCAAAGUUAGGUCCGAUAUUUUUUAUUAAAUAGAAAUUGUAACGUGCUCAAUGUCACAAACGGCCUAACACAACUAUUUUAUUUGGAAAUUUGGAAAUAUAUUUUAAUUUCGCUUUACUAAAUUUGCAAAUAAUUUUAUU